AUGAAACCCGCUGUCUUCGCGCUUCUGAUGCUCGCGUGUUGGACGACGACCAGCGCGCUGCUGCCAGCCUGCGGGCCCGAGGACGCUGCGGCACGUAUUGGCCUCGGCGUCGCAACACUGUCGACGGGCGACCACGCCGGGUCGCUCGCGCACUUUCGCGCGGCGGCCGCGCUCGACGAGUCGUCGUCGACGGCGCACUACAACCUCGGGCUCGCGCUCGCGCGCGGCGGCGCGCCCGCGGAGGCGAUCGCGCCGCUGAAGCGGGCCGUCGAGCUCGAGCCCGACGACGCGGAAUUUUUAGGAGCGCUCGGGGAAGCCCACGCGGCCGACGGCGCGCACGGCGACGCGGUCGCCGCGUUCGACCGCGCGCUGUCGCUGCUGCCGGACGAGCCCUCGCUGUUCUACAACCGCGCGAACUCGCUCGCGGACCUCGGCCGCACCGAGGCCGCCGUGGAGGGCUACCGCGCGGCCAUCGCCCGCGGCGGCGACGACGCGGCGACGCGCUUGCACCUCGGAGUGGCGCUCCACCGCCUCGAGCGCUGGCGCGAGGCCGCGGAGAACUUGGCGCUCGCCGGGGACGACGUCGUCGCGAAGCGCCUGCUCCGCGGCCUCCGCGCGCGCCUCGGCGACGGCGGCGACGACGGCGGCGGCGACGCGGCCGAGGACGCGGCCUACGCGGCCCUCCUCUUCGACGGCUACGCCCAGGGCAGGAAAAGGGUGAUUCAACGCUACGCCGACGACUUCGACGCGGACCUCGUCGGGAAGCUCGUCUACCGCGGGCCCGCCGCGCUCGUAGACGAAAUCCGCGGCGACGCGCGGGGCUGGGCGUCGGUCCUCGACGUCGGCGCGGGCACGGGCCUCCUCGCGAAGGAGCUCUCGGGCUCGCUCGCGCCGGGCUGCCGCGUCCACGCCAACGACGUCUCCCGGAAGAUGCUCGACCGGGCGCCGCCGGGCCUCUACAGCUCCGUGGCCGUCGGCGACGCC